GCCGAAGAGCGAAGACGCCACGAGAUCGGGCCAGACCAAACGGCGAUGAUAUAGCUGCGCCGACCGCCAGCCAGACGCACAGAACACGCUCGAGUGUCUUCGCGCGAGCGGCCCACCACGAAUCUCCGCUGCAAAACCGAACUUUUUGCGCUGUUUCCGCAAGUUUUCUAGCGCGACUCCUUCGCUUGUGACGCGCGUGUGUGGAACUCAACCGAAGUAAAUCUGCUUUUUUUUUUCUCGGGGAAACUCUUCAACGCCACCCGAUUGCUGCAUGAAGUUGAAGUUGUCAGUGUCGCGGCGCGCCGAAGUAACUUUUGUAUCGAGACAAAAUGAUUUCAUUUAAUAAACUAACGUGUUGCACAUUGCUAGCCGCCGUCGUUUGUGUCUUGCCGAGUACUUUGGCCGCUAGAGAUUCAUCCUGCCCGCGAAUCUGUGCUCCUCAUGGGUAUGGCGAUCCAGUAUGCGGCACGGACGCUUUCAUUUACCCCAACAUUUGCGAAAUGAAGAAGAAAACAUGCGGAAAAGGAGUAAAGAUCUCGCCGGAUCAUGAGCUCUGCAAGCGGUCGUCAGGGUCGAAAUGUGAACACAAAUGUGGAUCUGACAAGGAUCCCGUGUGCGGCACCGAUGGCCGCACUUAUCUCAAUAGAUGCAUGCUGCAGGUUGAAAUCUGUCGCUUGGGCAUUGGUCUCAGUCAUCUUGGACCAUGUAAUAAUAUCAGUGCGCAUCGCGAGAACUGUCCGGUGGAUUGUAAACAAGCACCACAAGAUGGGCCCAUUUGCGGAAGUGAUGGCAACGUGUACAAAAACACUUGUCAAAUGAAGCUGAUCACGUGCGGGCAAGGUGUGGUCCGCACCAACAAGAAGUACUGCCAGACGACGCGACAUUGCCGCGAGUCCUGCUGGAGGAAUGCGCGCCCCACCUGCGGCUCCGACGGCAAGAUCUACGCGAACGUCUGCCGCAUGAAGUCGAAGAACUGCGGCAAACACGUGUUCGAGGUGCCGAUGGCGUACUGCGUCAGCCAGGAGCGGUCGCCAACAAGCGUCGCCUGCCCGACGGACUGCGCCGGCGAGCUGGAGAAGCCCGCUUGUGGCUCCGAUGGCCUGGUCUAUCGCAAUGAGUGCGAGAUGAAAUUGUUGACUUGCGGUUCGAACAAGAGAGUCGGCAAGGUCGACAUGGAGAAGUGCCGCAACCGUCUUACAAAAUGCCUCAAGAUGAAGUGCACCAACGACAUGGAUCCGGUGUGCGGAACGGACGCCCGGACGUAUACGAACCAGUGUGCGCUCAACAUGGCGACGUGUCUGAAGGGCGUGCAACUGGCGCACCUCGGCAACUGCACCGUACUCAAGGAACAGGCAUGCCCCACGCAUUGCGACGACGAUGAAGGCGUCGAGCCAAUCUGCGGCUCCGACGGAAAUGUUUACAAGUCGGAGUGCGAAUUAAAGAAGGAUACCUGUGGGCAGUUGGUGGUUCAGGUCCCGGCGCAUCACUGUAGGACUACAGCAGCGUGCAACGAACAAUGCGAUGAAAGCGAACGACAAUUCGUAUGCGGCUCUGAUAAUAAGAUCUACAGGAGCGAAUGCGAGAUGAAGCGCAGCAAUUGCGGGAAACACAUUUACGUUGUGCCAAUGAAGCGCUGCCUCUCCGGAUUUCUCUUCCGCGGCUGCCAAAAGAUCUGUCCGACCUACUACGAUCCGGUGUGCGGCACCGAUAGCAUGACCUACAGUAACACUUGCUUCCUCGAAAUCGAAAACUGUCGGUCGCGGUCGUUGGUGCAGCUGAAGAACAUGGGCACGUGCGCGGAGCCGCUUAACGAGGUCCCCAAGAACUACCUCUACUGAGCCUUCAUCGUCGGUGCAUCAUUUUUCUAGCCUUGCCUUGCCAACUACCGCACACACACUCAUCACCUAUGUAGCGACAGAGAUAUUUUUCGAUGCUACAUUUAAUGAUUUCAAAUAUGGCACGUGUUGAUCACUUCCAUCAAUUUAUUUCCUAUUCACUAUUUUGCGGCCAUUUAUCAGUUUUACUUUUGUUUUUUUAAUUAUUUAAUUUAGUGUUGUUUUCAAUCUCCAUUAAAAGUUCUUCUCUUUGUAUUAAGAACAAUAUGAGUGGCUAAUAUGUGAUUCCAGCGACUGAUUACAAGUUUUUUUUUUCAGUUUUCCAUUAAUUUCAUUAGAUUUGAAAUUAUAUUUACACAUUUUAGUUUAUGUUAUUUAUUGUAUUUUAGUGUAUUUUGUAAUAUUAUUUAUCAUUUUGUAGUUGUAUUUAUUAUUGUCUUGUGUAUUGUGUAAUUCUUGUUUACCUCAAUUUGCUUUUUGCAAUUAUGAGUUGUUUACAAAGAUAUCUAUUUAUUUACGUCUUGAUUGUGCCAAUUUUUUGGUUUUAUUACAGUUUACAACUAUUUUUAAAUUAACGAAACAAGUUUAUGCGUUGUUUAUUUUGUAUAAAAAUUAAAAUUCUUUUUUCAAUGAAA